AUACCAGUAACACAUUAUAUCCGAACCAAAACGAGUCGAAUAGUAAAAAAGUGAAUUUAUUUUUCAACAUUUUUUUUUCUGUCUUGAAUAACAGGAUAAAAAGAAAAAUGUCGGACACUUCCGGCUCAGGCAAUGCUUCCUCGGAUACUUCACUGGAGGAAAAAAAUCCCUCGGACACUUCACUGGAGGAAAAAAAUCCCUCGGACACUUCACUGGAGGAAAAAAAUCCCUCGGACACUUCACUGGAGGAAAAAAAUCCCUCGGACACUUCAGUGCAGGGGGAAAGUAUCUCGGACACUGCACUAGAAAGAGAAAGUAGCUCGAUCUCCAAUAUAGCUAUCGAGAAUGCUUUAAAUAUUACGGUUAAUGAGGUCUGUGAGGCGCUGUCUGAUUUUGGAAAACCAGUUCCCCUUCAGGACUUAGUCGGCUACUUUCAGGCAAAAAAAGAAAUAGAUGACAAUGAAUUGGUCAGCAGAUCUGUGGUCUACUCGCUUAAGGAAGCGCUUUUCGAAGAAGAAGUAGUUAGAUUCAGAGGAAAUUUCUCGAUUACCGAGAAAGAUGUUAUCGUCCCAAGUUUUGGAUCUGUGGAACAUAUAUCCACUAAGAGGAGAAAUAUGAACCAUCUGCAAAUGUUUAAUAAUGAAUCUUCGGGAUUAUUAAUGAAUAGUGAUUCUUGUGAUUAUCUCCCCAUGAGGAAUAGGAAUAUGGAACAUUUGGAUAUUUCAAAUAGUGACAUAUCCAUUGAAUGUGAAACAUCUAGCGAGGAAGAUGAACAGAAAUCUGAUCCGAGUACAUCCACCACAGAAUUGGAACCACCUAGCCAGGAAGAUGAACAGAAAUCGGAUUCGAGUGCAUCCAUACAGAGCAUGGACUCUGUGGAAACCCUGGAAAAGGGAACCAUUAUCCAAGAACCCUCGUGCUCCAGUGCAGUCAAAAGAAAGCCCAUUAUGUUGCCCCUGAAAGCUGAAAAAAGAAAAGCCAACGAGGGCUACGAAAAAGCUAAGAACGCCAAGAAACCGAAACAGGAACUUUCUUCCUCAGAUUCAGAGUAGCUGGUCAAAAUAUUUCGGAAAAAGAGGUUACAAAUUUCAGUAAUGUUCGUUUCAGACGUACACACAGAUUUCCCAAGGCCCAACUAGAUCUUGAGCUUAAGAAGUAUCUCUCAGAAUAUAAUUAUUUCCAAUGAUCUCAAAUUGCAUUUUGCGGCAUUGGGCUUAAAUACGUAAAACCUGUCUGCCCAUAAGGAAUGAGAAUAUGAACCACUUUUCUCCAAUAAUUAAUACCUAGAGGUAGCCUUUGGAGAAUAUUGACAUCUUAAAAGUAGAGAACAUUAUUAAAAAUCCAUCUUGUUCCGGCGCAGACCAAAAAAAUAGUUUUUUCCUUUAUUGAGCCCACUUUCUUGCAAAUAAUGCCACUGGAGAUUGUUAGUUUUGAGCAAGUGCCAGAGAAAAAUGAUUUAAAAAAAAGGACUACAAAAAAACGCUGGAAACUUGUUCUUCAGAUUCCAAGUAACUGGUCAGUUAAUAUUUCAAUUAAUAUUUUGGAAACCCUUGAAAAGGGAACCAUUAUCCAAGAACCCUCGUGUUCCACUGCAGUCAAAAGAAAGGCCACUAUGUUGCCCCUUGAGAAUGUUAAACAAGUGACUCCGAAACAAUUUAAAAAAAAAUUCUUUAGAACCAUUUUUCUCCAAUAAUUAAUACCUAGAGGUAGCCAUUGGAGAGUAUUGACUCCUUCCACUUCUUAAAAGAAGAGAACAUUAUUCAAAAUCCAUCUUGUUCCGGCGCAGACCAACAAAAUUGUUUUUUCCUUUAUUGAGCCCACUUUCUUGCCAAUAAUGGCACUGAAGAUUGUUAGUGUUGAGCAAGUGCCACUGAAAAAUGGUAAAUCCAAUCAACUUGAUCUAAAAAAGAAAAGGACUGCAAAAAAACGCUACAAACUCCAAGAAAUGGAAUCUGGAAACUUCUUCUUCAGAUUCCAAGUAAAACUGGUCAGUUAAUAUUUCAAAAAAAUAUUUCGGAAAAUUUGUUUAAAAUUUCAGAAAGGGUCUUUUGGAAGAUUUUAAUGAUUUGCACAGAUAUUUAUGUUAUAUAUAUUAGGGAACGGUAAGAGUUCCUGUUAGAAAAAUUGACUGUCAAUUGAAAACUGUACUUUAAUAAAAAUGUUUAUAAAUUCA